UAGCUGCCUCUAUUAUUUAUACACAGACUCGAACAUAGCUGCGGUAUGUGAUCGUGGUAUUUGCGUUAUAACCGUUGAAAGUUAAAUGUACGAGUUUUUCGGGGAUCCUGAACGCAGCAUUAGAAGUAACACAGCUACGGACGUUGGCGAAGUUUAAACUGUCAACAAACUGAGAGAGCAACUUCUCCCCGUGUCCACACACGCCUCGGCUGGCUUGUUUAAACUAGUUUGUCUACAUUAAAUGUCAGUCAGGUCGGAGUUUCAGAAGAGACAGAGAUAUGUUAAAUGUUGAAGUAGUAAAUAAAGCAGAGUUUAACAUUCAUGGAAACCUGCGUAAUGUCAGCGCUGGACAGACCCGCCGCGGAGCUGACGGUGAUGGACGUGUACGACAUCGCGGUGGUGCUCGGUCAGGAGUUCGAGCGGAUCAUCGACAGGUUUGGCUGCGAGUCCCUAGUCGGACUGGUGCCCAAAGUGGUGCGCGUCCUGGAGCAGCUUGAGACGUUGGUGAGCCGCGGAGCCGCGGGACAGGAGGCCGAGGAGCUGCGGAGGGAGCUGGACAGACUGCGGCAGGAGCGGAGCGACAGAUACGAGCAGGAGAAGAAGCACCAGAAGGAGUUGGAGCUGGUGGAGGAUGUGUGGCGAGGGGAAGUCCAGGACCUACUGUCCCAAAUCACUCAGCUUCAGGCAGAGAACAAGAAGCUGUUAGUGAGCCUCUCUCUUAAAGAGUCUCCCGUCACCGAGGAGGACCUGCAGAAACAGGAGGGAAUGUCCGAGAAGGAAAGGCAAGUGAUGAAGAAGCUGAAUAACUUGGUGGAUAAGCAGAGGGAUGAAAUCCGGGCUAAAGACCACGAGCUGACACAAAGAAACGAGGAUGUUGAGGCGCUCCAGAUGCAGCAGCAUCGGCUGAUAAGGAUAAACCAGGAUCUUCGUCACAGGAUAGGAGUGAUGGAGGGCCAGGGCAAGGCACUGAUCCAGCAGCGGGCCGAGCUGGAGGCUGCUGCUCAGGUACGGCAGCAGGAGUUUGGGUCUCUGCAGCUGGAGGUGACAAGGCUGAGAAAAGAGCUCCGAGACUGGGAAUUAGAGAGAGAGGUUGCUGCGAUUGAGGAGACUUUUCCUUUAAGACCUAGGAUGUCAUCACCUAUAUCACCACAGAUGACGAUUCAGACCUCAGCAGCAGCAGCAGCACCAUCACCACCAUCACCACCACCACCACCACCAUCUAACUCCAUCAAGCCAAAGUCAGUGUGGGUGGAGUGUGCAGGGGACCCUGGCUUCCUGGCAAACUGCUUUGAGCCCGACAAGAGUCCCUCCUCUCCCUCAAGGUCAACAAACAGAGAAAAUAAUGAAGAAGAGGGUGACCAAGAUGAGGACACACCAGCAUUGUUACUGGAAAUCAACAAAUAUCUUCAGUUAAAGAAAGCGUCAACUGAUACGGAGCUAGAGGAGGAGGAGACAGACAGCCUGGAGCAGGACUCAGACAGACCUCGCUUUACCCUGCAGGAGCUGCGUGACGUCCUGCAGGAGAGAAAUGAACUCAAAUCUCAACUGUUCUUGUUGCAGGAGGAGCUGGCAUAUUACAAAAGUGAGGAGUUUGAGGAAGACGUCAGCUCCAUAGUUUGUGCUCCACCUCCUCCACCAUGCUCUGCUUCUACUGAUCCGCCCGAAUCAGGAAUCAGGCGCUUGAUCUUCACAGCCAUAAUGCCGAUGGUGGCAGCUGGUUUGAUUUCAGAUGACCCCACGCUGUUGCCCAUCAGAAGACUUUCCUUUGUAUGACCUUGAAUUUAAACUAUUGUACGAUUGCUUUUAUGUUUUUCCACAACUGUCAACACCAAUUUGUUUCUUUUAACAUAAUUUGCUAAUAGUAUCUACAUGAAUUGGAGUAAUGGUUGCAUUACUUGGUUAUUUUACCCCAAACUUGGAUGUUAUUUAUACAUUUAAACACAGUUCGUUCAUUACUUAAUUUUUAAUAUACAUUUUUGCAAGUAUUUUAACUAAUCUGGUAAGCACUUUAAAGGGACCUCAAUGGUUGAAAUGUGAGACAGCUAUCCAUACCUGCACAGUCUUAUUUGCAUUUAUGACCUCUCAGGUAUUUGUGGCUUCAUACAAAGCCACCACCUGUCAGUGUGUCACCUUACAUAUCAAUACAAAAACUGGACGUCUUUAUUUCUUAUGUUGCACAUGCUGUUGUAAUGUCAAAUAACUCAAUAACCUAACAUAUGCACUACAUUUCUGGAAGAGAAAUAACACCACACCCCACAAAGUAUAUGUGCUUGUCGGUAUGCCAAGCAAGGUCUGUGGAGUAUGAAUUUAGUUUUUACAAACACUUUGAAGUUCCUUAACUGUCUGUCUAUAACAACGUCAUGUCUCAGGAAUGGGUCCAGCUGCCAUAAGACUGAUAAAAGGAUAAAAGAUGACGUUUAAAUGUAUCUGAUGACAAAUUAUUGUUAAGGUCUUGUUUCAAGGUGCAGUGAAUGAGCUGGAUUAUCAUGUGCCUCUAUUUUCCUUGAAGAGUCUUUAUGAGAUAAUGUGCUUAAUGUGAGCAUAAAGUCAACCCCUGAACUGAUAAAAAAAGGAUGUUACAGUAUAUUUGCAGCACUAUGGCCUGGCACCACAUGAAUAAAUCUAUUCCAACAGUAAUGAGUACUGUAACAUACCCUAACUACCAAUAUAUGCUAAGCUGCAUCUGUAAUUGAUGUCAAUUCAGAAUGAAGUAAUAAAGUUUUAUUUGUCAUCUUUUA